AUGGCGAACAGCAAAUUCGCGUACGUGAAGCAGCUGGAGGAGGAGAGGCGGGUGCUGCCCUGCUGCUACUUCGCGGUGCGGAUAGACGGCGGCGGCUUCAAGGCGUUUACAAAGACACACGGGUACACGAAGCCAAAUGACGUGCGCGGGGUGCACCUAAUGAACGCAUGCGCAAAGGAAGUGAUGCUCAAAUUUGACGAAAUUGAUUUGGCAUACGGACACUCAGACGAAUACAGUUUCCUUUUUCGAAGAAAAACAAAACUGUGGAAUAGGAGACAUGAUAAAAUACUAACCAACAUCGUCUCCUGUUUUGCAGCAUCCUUUCCUUUUCACUGGAGUGAGUUUUUCCCCGAGCAGAAGCUACUCUACGUGCCCUGUUUCGAUGGGAGGAUUGUCCUGCUCCCAACAGAAAGGGAAGCAAAGGAUUAUUUCCGCUGGAGACAAGUCGACUGCCAUAUUAACACUCAGUAUAAUGAGUGCUUCUGGAAUUUGGUUAUGAGGGGGGGGUAUUCCCACCAGCAGGCCUAUAACACCUUGAUGACUACCCAGAAGAGGGAAAAAAAUGAGUUGCUCUUCUCUCGGUUUGGCAUAAACUACAAUGAGGUGCCGGAGAUUUUCAGGCGGGGCUCCAUCCUGAUGAGGGGGGAGCAAAGUUGGAAGGGGGGUUCCAAGGUGGUAAGUGGAGGGGGUGAGGCAUCUCCCCAAGGCGAAGCGGAGAUGCCGCCCCAGGACGAUGCGAUGGUAUCACCCCAGGACGAAGCGGAGAUGCCGCCCCUAAACGAAGCGGAGAUGCCGCCCCAAGACGAAGCGGAGAUGCCGCCCCAAGACGAAGCGGAGAUGCCGCCCCAAGACGAAGCGGAGAUGCCGCCCCAAGGCGAAGCGGAGAUGCCGCCCCAAGGCGAAGCGGAGAUGCCGCCCCAAGGCGAAGCGGAGAUGCCGCCCCAAGACGAAGCGGAGAUGCCGCCCCUAGACCAACCAAUCAGCGCAGCCGCCCCCCCGCGCAAACCCAACAGAGAGGCGAAGCUCACCCUCUCGCACGAGAACCUCGUGAGCGACCACUUCUGGGAGAAGUACCACCGGCUGCUUGGGCAGUGA